CAAUAAAGCUGAACCUCAACGUUUUGCAAGCAGAUUUCCAGCCAAAUCCCUUACAUCCGCCUAAGUCUAAUGUUCGAAAUGUCAGUCCCGGCCACAGGCAAAUCCGGAAAGGACACGCGCGCUUCAGCGUUGGAGAACGAGUUUGAGAAGCGCCCCGACCCAGUAGCUCUUACUCAGAACCCAGAUCCCUCAAAGGACUCAUCCUCAGGCGUGGACUACGAACCUUAUCCGGAGAAGUCCAUCCAGCUUGAACCAGAAAGAGAGCAGAUCGUGCAGGCGAUAUGUAAUUUGUACUCGGGUAGCGCGAGCAAAGAAGACAUGAUGGUCUACGCCGAGGAAGCAAUCUACGAUGAUCCAUGGAGUUACUGCGAUACACGAUAUAAAAUUGCCGGCCAGUGGUACGGCAUUCCCAAGAUCAUGAAAUCGACAAGGACUAUCAAGACACAAGUUGUAUCUUCGAAGCCAGACGAGAUCAUCUUCAAGCUUCAACAGGAAUACACCCCAAAGCCAAUGCCGAUCGCCAAGAAGGUGAACAGCUUGGUCACACUCACUCUCGAUCAAAACGGGAAGGUCAGAUACCACAAGGACAUGUGGAACGAGAAAGAUUACAGCCAUGAGGGUCUUGGCAAGAUCAUGAAGGAGCUCAACGGGGACCACUUGACAAAGAUUACACAGCCACCAGAGGAUCUGUAACAGGAUGGAGUGUGCGAAGAAUUCCAGUACGCACUCACUUACACUAGAGCAUCAAGCGAAAUGUGAAACCCCUUGUUCUGUCGCGAAUGACGGCUAUCGAC